AUGGCUUCACAGAUGGUAGCGAUUCCUGCACCCGAAGGCUAUAUCGUGAACUUUGAUGAUCCGGUACGAAUGGGAGAUACAGCUGGCUAUUGGGUUUUCGGGGUGGGCAUCAUGUUGAGUUUCUCAUUUUUAUGUAUGAGGACGUAUACCAAGGUGUUGUUUGCUAAGAAUUUCGCAGUCGAGGAUAUUAUGUGGCUUGACAAGGCAAUGGGAGUGCAUGCAUGGGAGAUACCAAUCGAGAGAUACAACUUACACAGUAAAGUGAGUAUCAAUCAUCCACCAACCAUCUCGUUCCAAUGUUGCAGUUCAUCUGACGUCUUCGAAUCAGAUGAUUAUGACCUCCUCGGUCAUCUACGUGCCCUGGCUAGGCCUAUCCAAGUUUUCCCUCUUGCUCUUCUACAUUCGGCUCUCACCAUAUUGGGCUACAGUUUCGCCAUCAUCUUUGCACACAUUUUUCCUUGCAAGCCGGUGGCUAUGAAUUGGGAUGUUAAAAUUACUGAUGGUUCGUGCAUCAAUCGCGCUGCUAUCUAUAAUGCUACCGCUGCGGUCAAUAUUGUUACCCAUAUAGCGCUUCUCACAUUACCUAUCCAUAUGAUAGUUGAUUUACGCAUGCCGCGUGUUUCCUCCGCCAAAGUCAACUCCAGCGAUCACCUAUAUGAUCUCGAAACGAUCGGACAGAAAUCGUCAAAGAAGAAACGUCCUUCACGGUAUGGGAUGGAGACGCUUGAUGAUAAUGAUUUGGAGCUGGAUGGAAGGUAUGCAGAACAUAAGGUGGGCAUUGCGGCGGUUAUUAGUAGAGUGGAUACGGGAGGAAGAAUUAGCGAGUGUGAUGAGGAUGAGGGGUGA